AAUGUAUGUAACAUUAGUUCUACAUAUACUAGACUUUAAUUUUCUAUUUUUGUAUUUAGUGAAAUAAUUUUUACAAUGUUUUAAAACUGAAUCAAAUUGAAAAUGUCAAAAGUUUCUAUUUUGAAUUCGGUAUUUUCGGAUAUCGAAAAAUUUUCUUCAGCUGAAGAGUAUAGGAGAAUAAUAAAACUUGCUGAAAAACAUAUACCGCAAUAUCCAGAAGAAAUAUCAUUAAUUCAGGCUAAGGUUGUAAGUUUGGUUCAUUUGAAUGAAGUUCAAGAUGCAUAUAAUUUUAUUCUUAAACACGAAUCAAAACAGACUUUUGCUUUUGAAAAAUCAUACUGUCUUUAUCGCCUAAAUCGACCAGAAGAAGCAUUGCAAAUAAUUAAUGAAGAAACUGAAUUGGAAGAUAAUUUUAAAGAACUAAAAGCUCAAAUUUUAUACAAAUUGGAAAAAUUUAAUAAGUGUUUUGAUUUAUAUCGGGAUAUUAUUAAGCAAAGUAAAGACAGUUUCACAAAUGAAAGAGAGACUAAUCUUACAGCUGUAAUUUCCCAACUUUCAAAAUUAGGAGAGAAAAAAUGUGAUGUUCCAAACGUGAAACCUGAUAAUACUUAUGAAUUUUUAUAUAAUAUUGCGUGUGUAUUAAUUGAAAGAGGUGAUUUAAUUAAAGCACAAAAUUUACUUGAUCAAGCAGCUAAAAUGUGUAGGAAUACUUUAGAAGAAGAAGAAGCUACAGAAGAAGAAAUAAAUGAAGAAUUGACUGCUAUAAAAGUUCAAAAUGCUUAUUGUCUUCAAAAAUUGGGUUCUGACAAAGAAGCACAAACUGAAUACUCUGAUGUGUUGAAAAACAAACCUAAAGAUAUUGGAUCUCUAGCUAUUGCUUCAAACAACCUUGUUGUAUUAAAUCGAGAACAUAAUGUAUUUGACUCAAAAAAAAAACUCAAAUCAACUUUGUCUGAUGAAUUAUCUUUAAAACUAAAUACAUGGCAAUUGAAGAAGAUUAAUUUGAAUCAUUGUCGUUUUGCUUUAAUUACUAAUCAAUUUGAACAAUGUGUACAAAUGUGUGAUUCAAUUGAAAAAAAUUACCCUGAUUUGAUUGAAAAUAUUGUUAUUAUCAGAGCUUUUAUGUUAUGGCGCCAAAAUAAAAAUAUAGAAGCUCUUGAAGUCUUGAAAAAAUUUAUUUAUCAACAAAAAAACCCUUCCGAUAAACUUAACUGUACUUUAACUGCUGUUAAACUGUUACUAAUCCAGAACAUUCUUAAAGAAGCUUGUGAAUUACUUGAAAAUCUUGGAAAUUUAAAAUAUAAACUUGGAAUUGUUAGUACUCUUGUGACAUUGUAUUUGAAUCUUGGAAAUGUUAAAGCAGCAACUGAUUUGUUUAAUGAAACAUUAUCAUGGUAUAGCCAGAAAGAGUUAGAUAAUUUGAAAACUACAAUUUUACUGAAGCAACUUGCAAAACUCUUAUUACGUGAACAAGAUCCUAAAGAAGCAGCAAAACGUUUAUCUCAUCUAUUGGAGCUAAAUCCAUCAAAUAAAAAAUGUUUAGCUCAACUAAUAAUAGCUUAUGCCCAGUUUGAUCCAGUGAAAGCCCAAAAAUACAGUAAAGAACUUCCACCAUUAGAUCUACAAGAUGCAGACAUAGAUGUACUUGAAAACACAAAUUGGAUGAUGGGGUCAAAAUUAAUAAAAAAAUCAAAUCUAAAACCGGACACUGCUGGUGUUCAUAAAACAGAAAUGGAAAAGAAACGCAAAAAAAAGAGAAAAAUAAUACUACCUAAAGAUUUUAACCCUGACAUUCCACCUAAUCCUGAACGCUGGUUACCAAGGCAUGAACGUACAGGAUAUCGUAAGAAAAAGGAUCGAAGGAAUAAAGAUACUGGAAUUGGAAAAGGAACACAAGGUGCUAGCAGUGAAGCUACAGAAAAAUACAACAUUAAAAAUAUUGCUGCUCAACCCAAAGCUCAGAUUCAACCAAAUGAAAACGCACCUAGGUUGCAACACCGAAAAGGACAAUUUAAGAAGAAGAAGAAGGGAAAAUAAAAAAUAAAUUAAAACUCAAUGUAUUCAUCUGUAUUUCAAAUAAAUCCAAUAUUCUUUAAUUCUAUAA